AUGAAACCUUGGAUUCGAAUUUCAGCAAUAGCAGUAAUAUUUCUGGAUGUGCUAACAGUCUUUUUUUCCUCGACCGGCCCAGCUUACGAAGCAAUCACGCAAUUAGAUCCUUCCGACAUCGUCCAAAAUGAGCUUCGAACUCUUUCAAAUGACAAUCUUACACACAAUCAGAAUAUCUCCCUCACUUCAGUGAUCAAAAUGCAGCAGCAAAAAUUAAAGGGGUUUGGCUUGACCCCAAAUCCUCAGAUCGUCGUAUACAAUCGUGUGCCCAAAUGUGGGUCGACAACGACUCUGGACAUCAUCAGAUUUUUGAGAAAAAAGCUUCAUUACAAUGUUUUCAAUGACAUCGCUCCAAAAAUGAAGCAUUUCAUGGAAUCUGACGAGCAAGAAUACGGGUUGGUCAGAAAUAUCACGCAGUACAAGCGACCAAUUUUGUAUAUUCGCCACGUUUACUUCAUCGACUUUCCGAAAUACGGCUACAGAGACCCGCUGUAUAUCAACAUUGCACGAGAUCCAGUUUCAUUAUUUAUUUCAAAUUACUUUUACCUCCGCUUUGGUUUUCAGACUGCGAAGAAUACAACAAAUGCACAAAAUUGGAAACAUGACAUGCCGGAUGAAAGAAGAGCAAUGUCAAUCGAUGACUGUGUGAAAACGGAAGCUCAAGAGUGUGCGAGGCCAUAUUCGAAUCUCAUUCCGUUCUUUUGUGGCUCUUCAAGCCUCUGUCAAAAACGUGGCGACGAAGCAGUAGCGAUAGCAAAACAGAACGUCCUCGACAGAUACGCAAUCGUGGGAAUCAUGGAGGAUUUUCAUAGCACUAUGAAAGCAUUUGAAGUCGUUUCGCCUCGAUUCUUCAUGGGAGCAUCAGUUCUUCUUGGCAAGGCGAAUCAGGUCCUUCACGACAGGUCAAAAACCGCACACAAAAAAGAGCCAGAUCCAGCAACAGUCGAAUACCUUCGAAAAGGGCUGAAACGUGAAUACGAACUGUACGACUUCAUCAAAAAGAUAUUUUACGAAAAGAUAGAAAAUUUCAAAGAACGAGGGCUCUGGGGCCCGGACGAAAUUCCUGAAAACAAAAACUAG